AUGAUCUGCGCAUUUCUCAAGACGGCUCUUGUGGCCACCAUGGUCGGCACCUCAGUCGCCGUUGACACCUGGGGCGGUUCCGUGUCACUUGGCCCGACGACAUCGACUAUCAUCCGGGCCGUAACGACUAUCAUCCCCGGAGAUGCCCCUCCCACUCAGAACGGCGUCUUAGCCCUAUGGCCUGGAAUGUCCAACGGCACGGGCGAUUUAGUUCAAACGACCCUCGAGUCCUGGACCGACAACUCAUGGUGCGGUGCCAAGAAGGGCCAGUGGUGCGUUCGCGCCUCGCUCUUCGGCUGGUUCGGCCAGCUCAGCGGCACCGCGAGCCCUGUCUCGGGCAACCAGAAGGUCAAAAUUCUCUACGAGCUUCUCUCGGAUAACAACACUUGGCGUCAAACCGUCACCGAUGCCGACACGGGCAAGCAGCUCAGCACGUACGAGUACAAGUCCGGCCCUUUCAUGAGAGGGUAUGGUACCGGUACCGAGUGCAACGCCAACUGCAGCCCUACUAUCGCUAAGCAGCAGUACAUCAACACCGAGAUCACCCUCGCCGGUGCCGACCCCAACUUUGGCAAGACCAUUGCCACCGCCCAGAAGGCGACCUACACCGGGCUGGCCAGCAGCCAGAACGGCAAGGUCUGGACCAUCAAGGAGAUCAACAUCCCUGCUAUGGUUUGA